CUAGGCAGCCAACAUAGUGAGACCCCAUCUUCAAAAAACAAAGAAACAAAUGGAAAACACCAAAAAAAAGGUCCCAGGAGGACCUCUGAAUCUGUCUGGAUCUCUCAGUGGAGACCUGGAAAUCUGAACUUUGACAAUCCUUCUCACAGUAGGACCAAGGAGGAACUAGGCAAGCCAAAAGAAGUGAACUUCACUCUUCUAUUGCCUGCUUGAAUUUUGUAUCCAAGCAAGUAUCACUUAGGUAAUUUAGGAGACUGGUUCAUUGAAAAAAUAAAACCCCCCAAAUUCCCACAGCUGGUAGACUGUGGUCACAGCCACAGUGCAUGAAGACUAUCUGCCCAGCACUUCCGGUGACCCAAAACAGUCUGAGGAUAGGAGCUCAGAGUUGGGUCAGCUAUCCAGGUUCUCAGGGUGGUCCCAGGCAAAACUGCUGGAACUCAGGCCAGCAUUGCAGAUGCCAAGCUGCUCUCAGGGCCCCUUGUCUCUCCCCAGAAUUAAACCCACCCAGAUCUUGGAAACUCUGCCCUGGACCCUUCUCAAUAAGUCCACGAGAAAUCACUUUCCUUUAUGCGACACUGGAUUUUCCACAAAGCAAAAUCAAGAUCAGUAAAGAUGUGGUUUCUAGAUACUGCCUAAAAAUGCAGAGACCGGGCUAUGAGGCGUCACCACUGGGCCUAUAAAAGCUGCCACAAGAGGCCAAGGCCACAAGCCACCCAGCUUAGACCAGCCUGUGCGUCUGCUCCUCAAUCCUCCCUUGUUGGCACUGGGCCUCAUGGCGCUUUGGUUGACCAUGGUCAUUGCUCUCACUUGCCUUGGCGGCCUUGCCUCCCCAGGCCCCGUGCCUCCCUAUACAGCCCUCAAGGAGCUCAUUGAAGAGCUGGUCAACAUCACUCAGAACCAGAAGGUGAGUGUCAGCCAGCCAGGGUCCUAGCUUUAAGGACUCCAGGGUGGGUGUUUCCCAAGAUGGGGUCAUGAGCAGGCUGGGCCUGGUCCUAGGAUGCCUGUAGGUCAGGUAUAAUCCCCAUGGACCAGGACCCGGCCCAGCCAUGAGGGAGAGAGGGGUUUAGCACUGUGAAUGGACCUAUGACGGGGUUUGGCAGAGUCUUGAGGGACCACCUGUUCUGGCCUGGCCCUGCCUCCCACUGCCAGCUCCUCCUCAGCCAUUCCUGAACAGAGGACAGCAGAGAAGGGCCAGCACCCUCCCAGAACCAUGUGGCAUUUGCCAACUGGAUUUUGAACACAACGAUGCAGCCAUGUUCCCCAGCACUGUAGUAUGCUCGCUCUUAUAGGAGGAUCCUUUAGUAGAGUCCGAGCCUUGCCCCACUGGUAACAGCUCACAUGUCUGAGCAUUGCUUACGCCAGGCCUGGUGCAAAUGCUUUACAUGUCAUUUCAGCACCGCCAGCCGCUUCAAGAGGCAGGUACAAUGAACUCAUUCUGCUAAGGUGCCGUGAGGUUAAGUGACAGAGGCUGGAUUUAAGCCAGGCCUGGCCAACACCAGAGUGCCCAUGCUCCUAACUGCAGAAGGCAGGGCAUUUAAUGUAACAGACCCCUACCACCUCCCAUCUGAUAUGUCCUGGUCCACAGUGACCCAGGCCAUCCCUACUUUACUCAUCCCCACCCUGACCCUUCCCACAGGCCCCUGUCCUCCUGCCCUGGCUAUGGCAAGCCUCACAUGCAGCUUGUCCCUUACUAGUGGUGUCACUCAUUUUUUUUCUCUCAGCUCCAAGACCCUAUACAAUGGGUCCCUGCCCCCACGCCCACUGUUCAAAGCAGAAAACGAAGCUCAGGAACGCUGAGGGGCUGCCAGGCCUGCCUCUGUGCCACACCAGGGAUGCGUGUGGGGCCUGAGCUGGUAUAGACUUGGCCUGGGCUGCCGGGGCAGGCCCAUGACCCCUGCCAGCACUCUGCUCACUGUCACUUUCCUCCCGCAGGCCCCCCUCUGCAAUGGCAGCAUGGUGUGGAGCAUCAACAUGACAGCUGGCGUGUACUGUGCAGCCCUGGAGUCCCUGAUCAACGUGUCCAGGUGCAGUGCCAUCGAGAAGACCCAGAGGAUGCUGAGCGGAUUCUGCCCACACAAGGUCUCAGCCGGGCAGUUUUCCAGCUUGCUUGUCCAAGACACCAAAAUCGAAGUGGCCCAGUUUGUAAAGGACCUGCUCAGACACUUAAGGAAACUUUUUCACCAGGGAAAGUUCAACUGAAACAUCGAAAGCAUCAUUACUUGCAGAGAUGGGACCUGACUAUUGAAGUUGCAGAUUCAUUUUUAUUUCUGAUGUCAAAUGUCUUGGGGAGGUGGGGAGGAGGGUUAGGGAGGGGGUAAAAUUCCUUAGCUUAGAUCUCAGCCUGUGCUGCCUGUCUUCAGCCUUGCCAACCCCAGGCUGCCCCUUGCCCAGGGCCCUGAGCUCAGUGGACCUGGGGAUGAUGUUUCUCUACACCCUCCCCUUCCCUAGAGCACACUGCAGCAUUACAGUGGGUCCCCCCUUGCCAGACGUGGUAAGAGAGGGACCCACUUCACACAGUGGCAACUGAGGCAGCCAGCAGCUCAGGCACAUUUAUUCUUGGUCUUAUUUAUUAUUGUGUGUUAUUUAAAUGAGUGUGUUUGUCCGCGUUGGAGAUCGAGAGACUGUGGCUGUUGGCACUUGAAACCAAGGGUUUGUAGACUCGGGGCCCAGCACUAAAGCAGUGGGCACCAGGAGUCCCUGGUAAUAAGUACUGUGUACAGAAUUCUGCUACCUCACUGGGGUCCCGGGGCCUCAUCCGAGGCAGGGUCAGAAGAGGCAGGGGAACAGCCACUCCUGUCUUCCAGCCAGCAGCCAGCUCUCAGCCAAUGAGUAAUUUAUUGUUUUCCCUUGUAUUUAAAUAUUACAUAUGUUAGCAAAGAGUUAAUAAUAUAUAGAAGGGUACCUUCAACACCCAGGGUGGUGUGUGUACACUAGGGGGAGGGGACAUUGAACAAGUUGUUUCAUUGACUAUCAAACUGAAGCCAGAAAUAAAGUUGGUGACAAAUAGGCCUGAUUGUAUGUCUUUCAUUUUGGCCUUUGGGGACGGUGGUCUGUGGUCUCAAGACUCUGAGGGGAUCUUCAGGAGGCUGGCAGGUUGGAGGAGAGGACUCGGAUGGAUUUCAGCGGGGAUGGGGUGUAGUGACCUGGGCUGAGAGCAGAGGUAGCUCCUGGUGGUGGGGACAUGGCCUGGAGG